AUGAAAGACUUCCGAGAGAAAUCUUUAUUCGGCAAUGCAUCGGCAGUUGUCUAUACUAUAGAGUUUCAGAAACGAGGGCUACCGCAUGCGCAUAUCUGUCUGUUCUUACAUGACGAAAGUAAGCUUCCUUCGGUUGAGCAUGUUGACAACUUCAUUUCUGCCGAGAUACCUGACAAAAACUUAGAACCAGAUCUAUAUACUCUUGUCAGCGAGUAUAUGAUUCACGGACCUUGUGGUGUUGCAAAACCAAAUUGCCCGUGUAUGGUCGACGGUAAAUGUUCGAAGAAAUUUCCUAAGAAGUUCUGUGAUAAGACUUCUCUAGAUUCUAAUGGUUAUCCGGCUGCGUCUAUUAAGUAUUUGUUUAAAUACAUUAACAAAGGACCAGAUAGGGCUGAAUUUGGUUUUGUACCAAAUGGUGAUGAAGGUCAGCUUGAAGAUGGAAAAGAUGAAAUCAAAGAGUAUUACGAUUGUAGAUAUCUCUCGGCGUGCGAAGCUUCAUGGCGCAUAUUUGCAUUUGAUGUUCAUUAUCGUUAUCCAUCUGUAAUCAGGCUUCCGUUUCAUCUACCUGAUAAACAAAACGUUAUAUACGGCCCUGAUAACGAAGUUGAUAGUGUUCUAGAAAAACGUUCUGUUUCUUCUACGAUGUUUUUGGGGUGGAUGGAAAAGAACGAAAAAGAUCCGUUGGAACGCACCCUUACUUACGUUGAGUUCCCAACUAAAUUUGUUUGGAAGAAGGAUGAAAGGAUAUGGGAUAAACGCAUAAUAGGCAAAACCAUUGGUCGUAUUCAUUGUGUGAAUCCUUCUAUGGGCGAGGCAUACUUUUUAAGAAUUCUUCUUAAUAAGGUAGUAGGUCCUAAGUCUUUUGAAGACAUUCGUACUGUAAAUGGACAAGUCUUCCCAACAUUUAGAGAUGCGUGCUACGCUAGAGGCCUUUUAGAUGACGACAAGGAGUAUAUAGAAGCUAUCAAAGAGGCGUACUACACAGGUUCUGGUUACUAUCUUCGUAAUCUGUUUGCUACAAUGUUGGCGUCUAAUACCUUAUCAAAGCCUGAACAUGUUUGGGAAAACACAUGGGAGUACCUUGCGGAUGGUUUGUCUCUUCCAGAAGAACAAAUAAGGAACCUAACGUUGUUGGAAAUUGAGCGUUACUUAUUACGUAACAACUCAAGUUUAAGUCGGUUUCCGUCUAUGCCUCAACCCGACAGUGAAUCAAUAUAUUCAGCAGACAACCGUUUAAUUGCUGAUGAGCUUAGGUACGAUGUAAGCGCUACUGCCAUUGAAUUUGAUAAUAAUUUAAGCAGCCUAACCGAUGAGCAGCGUUUAGUGUUUGAUGAGAUAAUUGAAGCAGUUAAUAGUAAUGCUGGUGGUUUGUUCUUCGUAUAUGGCUACGGAGGUACUGGUAAGACGUUUCUUUGGAAGACAUUAUCUGCAUCCAUUAGUAAAGGCGAUAUUGUACUAAAUGUUGCAUCAAGUGGAAUCGCAUCUCUGUUGUUACCUGGUGGGCGUACUGCACAUUCAAGGUUUCAUAUACCUCUAAAUUUAAUAGAAACCUCGAUGUGUUUUAUUAAACUCGAUGAUGACGUUGCUGAUUUACUGAAAAAAACGAAAUUGAUCAUUUGGGAUGAAGCACCGAUGAAUCAUAAACAUGCGUUUGAAGCACUUGACCGAACAAUGAAAGAUAUCUUCAAAUGUGAGAUGACAUUUGGUGGAAAAGUUAUGGUCUUCGGUGGUGACUUUAGACAAAUACUUCCAGUUGUACCAAAUGGCAGUAGGCGAGAUAUCGUUAAUGCUUCAAUCACGUCGUCGUAUAUUUGGAGUAGUUGCAAGGUCCUUACGUUAACCAAAAACAUGAGGUUAACGGUAGGAGCGAACGCAUCUGAUAUAGAGGAGAUUAAAGGUUUUGCGGAUUGGUUGCUUGACUUGGGCGAGGGAAAGAUCGGUGACAGUGAUGAUUGUGAGGUGGUUAUAGAUAUUCCUGAAGAUUUGUUAAUCAAGUGUUCUGAGGAUCCUAUGUCAGAUCUGAUCGAAUUUGUAUAUCCUUCACUUCUUCAACUGUACAAAGAUAAAGAUUAUUUAGCUGAAAGAGCUAUUCUGGCACCAACAAACGAGGUUGUUCAAGAAAUAAAUGAAAAUUUGCUUGAUUCGUUUCCUGGCGAUGAAGUGGAGUAUCUGAGUUCUGAUAGUAUUUGUCAAACCGAUCAAGGAAAGAGUGAAGCAAAUGCGAGACUAUAUUCUCCCGAUGUUCUAAAUGGUUUAAAAAUUUCUGGUCUGCCUAAUCAUCGAUUAGUCCUUAAAGUUGGUGUACCUGUAAUGUUGCUUCGUAAUAUCGAUCAACAAAAUGGUUUGUGCAACGGUACGAGACUACGGAUUACUAAACUUUAUAAACAUGUUAUAGAGGCGGAGAUUAUAUCCGGAGGAAACAUAGGGACCAGAACGUUUAUUCCACGAAUUAGUUUAACACCGUCGGAUAAAAGAAUUCCUAUCAAGUUUCAACGACGACAAUUCCCUAUAAAUGUAUGUUUUGCAAUGACUAUAAAUAAAAGUCAAGGACAAUCUCUAUCGACUGUUGGAUUGUAUUUGAAAUAUCCAGUUUUCUCUCAUGGUCAGCUUUAUGUUGCGUUAUCAAGAGUUAAAAGCAGAGGCGGUGUGAAGUUGCUUAUACUAGACAAAGAUGGGAAUGUAACGAGUAAAACAACAAAUGUAGUCUACAAGGAAGUUUUUUCCGAAAUUUGA